CAAACCUGAAGUCUGCAGCAGUGGAUUAUGGUUCCCACCCCUUAAAGCCUCCGUCUGAAACUACUUUCUCUAGCGAACUCGCAGAAUUGAAGAUCUUAUCUUUCGUCAAUUUAAAACGGCAUUUGGGUUCCCAGCUAUGAACUAGCGUCAUCCCUAUCAUCCCUUGGAAAUGGCAACUCCAUAUCUCUCGUACUUGUUAUCUCCAUCCCUUCAUCUCCAAACCUCCACUAAUAUGGCUCUCAGAGUUCAUUCUCCUUCCAUUCACAGGCAUAAGCAGGGGUCAUCUCAAUUUUUUGAUGCGCGCAGCAAAAUUUUUAGUGUUAAACCCAAUGGGGUCUCUCAGAAAACUAGGCUUAAUAUCUCCAGUGCAAUAAAUAUGGCUGCCGGACAACCAGGUGAACCUGAGAAGUUAAAAUUUGACCAUCUUAUGAACAAGGCUAGAAAAAUAUGGGACAGUUCUCCUCAGCCAGUCAAGACUUUUCCCUGGAACAGAGCAUUGGAGAACUUCAUUCAACUCAUCCUUGAUCUUAUCAUUGCAGUUAUCAAAUACUUGUGUGUACCUUUAUUGGCAGUUUCCUCUCUUAGUGAGAUGUCAUAUUGUGCGCAUCAAAAGAAGCUAUUCUUCGUUCCUUUUCCUCUCCUUAUUGGCAUUGCUGUUGCUGGAGUCCUAAAAGAAACUGCCUUGGAACUGUCUCCACUUCUCAAGGAUGCAGAAGUUCCCUGGCAUCUGAUUGCCAUAGCAAUAUUUUUUACAUUGAUCAAAUUGCCGGGUCCAUAUUACCCAUACUGGGGCCGCAUAUUUAUUCCACAAGUUGCAAAUGGGGUGUUAUGGAGAACUUUAUGGUCUGCACUUUUGUGGUAUAGAAGACCCAGGAAGGGAUCAGGAGUAGCAUUACACCAAAAUUCAGUAAAUGACAGUCAGUCUGAAACAAAUAAACUCUAAUAUGAGGAAACUCAACUCAAGAUGAGACAUUCUGCCUAGAAGUCUCGAAACGGGAGGCGAUUCUAAUCGCAAUAUUAAAGGUUCUGUGCAUCAAUAUUCAUGGCGGUUAAAGUGAAUGAUAAAGUGAUUGAUGACAUCUUCAUCAAUUUUUCCCCAACCAUUGUUAACAAAGGUUUUCUGAGUAUUUGGAAGAUAAUUACCAGUCUUGUUUUAAGCAAUAGUAUCCAUUCAUUUGUGGUUAGCUUUUCUUUUCACAAGUUCAGUUUGAAUUUAAACAUCCAUAAGAUGUAAUCAAUGGUUAGAUUGAUAACAUUUUAGAUAUGGUUUCUCUGUAAGUUUUUCUCUUUUUUAAACCUUUUCAGGAGAGAUUUCUCUAUAAAGUUGAAAGUAUGGUCUUGAAUCUUUAUUA